AUAGCCAAUCAUACUCGCCAGGGUUCGCCUGUGCACAGGAGGCGGAGACGCGGAAAAAGCAAAUGUCGGAAACACCGCGCUGAGCAGUUGAAGACUGAGUUAGGAAAGACUUGAUGGAAGACCCGGGUGAAGCCCAGCGUGUUGCUGGCACCAGCCAGGCAGCACCUGCAGAAUGUGUGGAAGAGGCUCCCUCUAGUGGUUCUACCAGACCAGGCGCUGCUCAAAAAAGGAAAAGGAACUCCACAUCCAAAGAUACUGUUAAGAGGACAAAGGUGAAAGUAAAGUCUGAGUCAGCACCCAAAGGGAAAAAGAAGAAAGCGCAAAGAAAGACAGCCAAGUGGAACGCUCCGAGAUACACUAUCCAAGAAACCGACAAUGACAUGCUGCUGCUCAUCCCUGACGUGGACCAGUAUGAAGUGCAGAGGAGGACUAAGAGGAGAGCGAGGAAAGUGACAAAGAGCAACACCAAGCGCUCCACAGCUCCAAAAACAACUGUGAAGUCUCAAUGCAAGGCAGAAAGGAAGCGGGACGGUCCACCCUCUGCAGCCUUAGUGGGAGUGAAGCUGGAGGAACAGGGAAGCUGGGGGGUAAGACUUCCAGCUGAGAUCCUGGUGCGGAUUUUCCAAGUGGUGGUCAAUCGAGAUGGGGCUUUACCCUUUUUGUGCAGGGUCUCUCGGGUGUGCAGGCUAUGGCACGGUGCUGCCUCCAGCCCGGUUCUGUGGCGCAGCACAACACUUGGUUUCUGCUGGACUGAACCAGGCAAGCAGCAGUUACUAAAAACACAAGUGAAGAUCCAGAACACUGUAAGCUGGCUGGCCCAGAACAGGUUUUCUCAGCUCAGAGAGUUUGCCCUAUGCCACUGGAAGCAUCUUGUGAACUAUACUGUACAGACCAUUUCUCAGUUCUGCCCGCAUCUCACUUCACUCAAACUGCAGGACUGUGCAGGUGUGACAUCAGAGGCUUUUCUGAGCCUUGCCAGUGGCUGCACCCAGCUGGCAAGCCUGAAUCUGCAGCAUUCACAGGUGCAUAUUCCAGACCUGAUAUCUUUUUUGGAAACGUACGGCGGUCGCAUCAAGCAGCUUCACAUCACCUUUAACAGCAGAGUAAUGGCAUUGAUUAAUGCAAUUUCUGUCCUCCGUCUCCUGAAUCAGACCUGGCUGCCCAAGGUGGUCCGCGGGGCUGCUGUCUUCCAAUCAGGGUUUCCCCAGCUUGAAGAGCUGUGCCUGGCCACUUCUUCCUCAUCCUCUGUGGAAGAGCAGGUUCUGCACAGGCUGCUCCAUGGCUCUCCCCGCCUGCGAGUCCUGGACCUGCGAGGCUGCUACCGGGUCACCCCUGCGGGCCUUUCCACGCUGCCCUGCAAAGAGCUGGAAUGUCUGUAUUUGGGGCUCUACUGCAGCAGUAACAACCUGACAUUGCCUAAGGAAGGGAGCCACCUGCUGACAGGGCAGUGGAAGUGCACCCUGCUGGAGCUGGAUCUCAGGGGCCAGGCCUUCUCUGAGGAGGACCUGGAGAUUGCCAUGACAAAGCUGACAGGGGGUGAAGGUAGUAGCCCAUUGCGCUCUCUUAACCUGGAAGGGACCAAGGUUCCUCUCAGUGCACUCAGACUGGUUAUCACCCUGUGCCCUCGGCUCACAUACCUCAACCUAACAUCCUGCCGAUAUCUUCCCCGUGGGCUGAAAAGGGUCUAUCGAGGGCAGGAAGACAUCCAGCUGCUGUAUGACAGGCUGCUAAAAAGCACACAGGUAGAUCUGGAUGACUGAGUGAACUACAUUGAGGACAGUGGCAGCCAGUGACCCAUCCAUCCUGAAGUAUGAAGACCUGAGAGCUGAACAAAGUAAUUUAGGUGUAGCACCUGAUGCAGCACGACGUUGGCUGGGCUGAGGCUCUGGUGAACCCUCCUUUUCCCAAGACUCCUGUUAUCAAACUACUGGAUUCUUUGCUUUAAUGAAAUAAUUGGACAUUGACCAGGUGAUUGAUUCAACAUUUGGUAGAUUGCGACUAUCAGUCCUGGGAAAACAAGACCGAAGUGGAUAUUCAUUAAGAAAAAAAAUUGUAAAAUCUGUUUUAACAAUGAGACUGUAUAGCCAGAAUGUUUUGUUAUUGGAUUUUAUUUCUCUCUAUGUUACUAUAAUUUGAAAGGAAAUAAGAAGUAAACCAAUAAAAAUUUGAAAACUGAUGGAAUAUAUAUAGGUUUUAUAAAAUUUGCUUGUGUUUUUUUGUUUAAAAAAAAAAAAAAAACUAUGCUGUUAUGAAACUUACUGUGGUGACAUUUUUGCUAAUAAAAAAAUGCUGUCAAGUUUGUGUUUUAUUGGUCCUUAAAAAUCACUUUUCUUGUUUUAUAUAAAAUACUGUUUUGAUGAAAGUAAAAGGCCCUUCUCUAAUAAUGUUUCAGCUACAAUUGAAACAUACAGUGGCUUGCA